UGAAAAGAAGAAUUUAUAUCAAACUUCACAUUCCCAAACACACAUACUCAACACGCCUUAAAGGAUUCGCUAUUGUUCUUCAAAAAGUACAACAUCGGAUUCAUCAUGGAUGAAUUUUCGCACCAAUGAUUAUGCGCCAUGUCGAACGCAACUGAUUCUCGACAUCAAUCAGUUACGGUGAAAAAGCGUACAACAAUGGUCAAUGACAGUGACAUUGACAGCUGGAAAACGGAAUCCGAUUCUAGUGAAUCCGAUCAAAGGAGGAUUGCUUUUAUCGAUCGUCGCAUGAAUUAUGAUAGAACUCACGAAGAUGCAGCUAAAAACUCAAGUUCUAUUCCCGAGAUUCGGUACAUCAAUCCUGCCAUUUACACACAAUCGAUUGGCGAAGAGGAGCACGAUGAUGUGGCGCAGAUUCACAAACCAGAAAAUGAUCGAUAUUGUAACGGAUACGUAAUCGACGCGAAUGAUAACAAUUCCGAGUCUUCAACGAUCGAUCUACCGUCUAUGAAGGAUGCAACAAGCGUCAAUCAUGCAAUCGAAUAUCCAGGACAGGAAGUACAGGAGGGACAGGACGGCACAGGACGGAACACCUACAGGUGUUACUCGACAUCUUUAUCAGAUACUACUUUGUUUUCUGAACCGUUCACCGUUCGGUCCGUGGAUCAAUCAUCCGGAAAAAUCGUGCAAACAGAACGACGAUGCAAAAUCAGUAGCGUUCCGACAAACAUCGGUCAGAAUGAAACAACGAAACAAGACAAAUAUCGCCCGGACAAUCGUCAAGUACGAGUUUCCAUGUCGUUCUUGACCGGUCCGAGCAUCAGCGAUUAUCAGGCAUCGAACGGCGCCGAUCUCGGAAAGAGGAUCGGUCAUUCGGAAUGGAUCCGUAGGAAAGACGAGGCCACGCAACGCAAGAAAGAGGAAGACGAACGUGCGGCGAAGAAGCGACAAGAGGAGGAAGAGAGGAUGGCGCGAGAAAAGGAGGCAAAAGUGCAGCUGGAAAAGGAAAACUUUCUCAAGUGGGUGGAGAGGAAGAGGCUACAGGAGCUCGAGAGGAAAGCUAUCCUCGAGAACGAAUUGGAAUUACAAAGACGUCUGAAAGAGAUCGAGGAUAAGGCAUCCGUCGCGAAGACUCUAUACCUUCGUCAGUGGAUACAAAAGAAGAAGGAGGAGCAAAAGACUCGGCAUAAGGAGCAGGAGAUGAAACAGAGGAAGAUGAUCGAAGAACGCGAGAGGCGAUUGGAGCUGAGCUCGAAAGCUUACGAGAAAUGGAGAGAGAAUUCCAAGAAUAAACCCAAACCCGCUACACAAGGACUGCUUCCCCAUCAGAAAGCUAAGCCAGCGUAUAUAAAUCCGAUUCCGUGGCAAUCGGUCGUGGAGAUUGAUUCUGAUGAAACGCAGGAGGAUACCUUUAACGAUAAAAAAGGGAACAUAAAUCAAUUAAAGAUGAACGGCAGAAAAACGAUUGCGGCGCAUCAGUGAUGGCGAGAAAUUUGGAAAAAUCAUUCACGAGACACAAUUCUUGUACGAUCUUGUUUCGUCCAAUUCCAAGUAUCUUUAACGUAACAAAUUAAAAUUAAAAGUAUUUGCAAAAAUCUUGAUUUUUUUUCACGUAGUCGCAAGUUUCGUUCGAGACUUAAUUGCUGAGAUAUUUAAUUACAAAGUUGCGAGAAAUAUUAUAUACAACACGUCUUCCCGUAUAAAAUAUUUUUACGAAAGAUAACCUGAGGAAAUUUUUAUAUCGCUAAAAAGAUUAUGUAUGUAUAACGUCAUCUCUUUUCCUAUUUACAGCGAGUAAACAAGGAUAUGCAAGGGUACAAUAUAUGAUGUAACACAUUUUGAUUAAUAUAUGUCAAUUUGAUUGAAGUGAUUUUAAUGAUAUAAGUUUGUUCACACGUUUAAUGACAACCUGUGCUACAUAAUACAAAGUAUUUGAUUAUAACAAGACAAAGCAGAUCUCGUGACUUUGUAACUGUAUUUCUCUCUCUCUCUCUCUCUCUCUCUCUCUCAUUCUCUCUCAAAUAAUUAUCAAACUAUUAUACCUUCAGUCCCUCUACUGCGAGAAGAACACACCUAUUACAUCGUAAAUUGUUAAUUUUAUAGUACGAGAAAUAUCGUGAGAGCUUCUCAUCGUCUAUUUGCCAUACAUAUAUAAGACACAUUAUUUUCCUUAGACAACAACUCUUCUUCUAAACAAUGUCUUAGCUGUUUUCGUUCGUACCAUUCGUCACAUCACUCGUUAUAUAUACAAUAUGGACAAUAUAUUCGCACCCUUACAAAGCGCACAUCCUACCUAGUGGUAAUUUACAAUCGAAGAAUGGCAAAUUUCCGAUAAUCAGGAGCAGGAUGGAUGUAUAAUUAUUUACGUAUAUGUGUACGAGUGUGAACGUAACAGUCAUAUACAUAUACAUAUACAUAUAUAUUAUAUAUAUAUGCAUAUAUAUAUAUAUGUGUGUGUGCGAUAAAUAUUGCUUUUUAUACAUUGUAUUCUGGUGUCAUUGUA